AUGUCAAAAUAUGUGGCCUUGAGUUAUUGCUGGGGUGGGGAUCAAACGAACAAGCUGACACAAGAAAAUCACGGUCUUUACAAGAAGAACAUUGCUUGGGAAAUUCUACCAAAAACUAUUCAGGAUGCUGCAAAAACGGCCCAGGCACUGGGUUUCCAAUACAUCUGGAUCGAUUCGAUGUGCAUCGUUCAGGAUAGCAAGGAGGACAAGGACGCUGAAAUCAGUCAGAUGGCGAAGGUCUAUGCUCAUGCGACAUUGACGAUAGUCAACCAGAGGGGCGAUAGAGUAACUGAAGGCUUCCUGCAUCCAAGGACUCUUCCUUCUGGAACUAGUUCUAUCCAAUAUCGAACAAAGAACGGCCAAACACAGUGUCUUACUUUAUCAUUCGAUGAUGCGUCUGAUCGGGAGGAAAGUUUGGCUGUAAAUACACGAGGAUGGACUUUGCAAGAAUACCUCCUUUCUCGUCGCCGACUCGUUAUUGGCACUUGGUCGACAGAGUGGCUUUGUCGACGAGAGGUCGAUGGUCACAGAGAUGGCUGGGUCGCCAGCUCCCGCGUGGGUCUUCCCUUUGACCACAGAAUUGCGGAAUGGGCAGGCAAGGGCCCUUUUGGGUCCAAAGAAGCCGAGUCUGUCUACAGUAGUAGCUUCGUCGACGCAGCCAUGUUCUUCUCGGUAAAUCCCGGAUAUCCAUCCGGGCAACUAAACGAAGAGCUCGUCCGUAAUUCCUGGCAUGAAAUCGUUGAAUCUUACAGUUUACGGUCGGUGACAGAAUCAGAAGACAGAAUCCUUGCUAUAUCUGGGAUUGCUGAGAGGUUCGCAGAUUUUGUACCAGGACGAUAUAUAUCAGGUAUUUGGGAGAACAUGAUGCCCCUGAGCUUGCUCUGGGACAAGCUUGGUCAGCCUACCGAUAGACCGGCCAAAUACCGAGGUCCAUCCUGGUCAUGGACAUCGAUUGAUGGCCUAGUCUCGCAUAAUGCCAGCUAUAACUGCAUGUGCGAGGUCCUUUCAAUUGAUCACAUGCCUAAGAGUGCUGAAGCUCUCUAUGGAGCGGUGCGUAGUGCCGCGCUUCAUAUUAAAGGCCCUGCUCUUAGUGUAGAAUGGCGAUACGGAAGACAAAACAGGCAGCGACAGAAAGAUAAGCAACCACAGGAAGACCUGAGCGAGCUUAGAUGGUUCCAAGAUAGCAGCGAUGAUCGUCAGGAUCCUCAGUUAACAGUCAACCUCGAUGCUCGAGAACAAACAACAGAAUGGAGAGAAGUCGUUCUGCUGGCUUGCGGAUUCUCAAACUACGGUUCGGAUUAUCGAAACACUAUGUUCAUAGCCCUGACUAAGGUGGACCAAGUCGAAGUCGAAAACGAGCCUCGACAUCGAUUUCGCAGAUUGGGAACAGGCUCUUUUGGUGAUACCUCCCCUCUCCCACGUGUCGAAAGCUGGCCAGUGAGCUCCUACUACGUUAUCUGA